CGUCCCGUCCCGUCCCGCCCGGGCAGGCGGGCCCAGGGUCGCGGCUCGGAGCCGGGGCUGGGGAAGGAGGCGAUGGCGGCGGAGGCCACCGACCCGCCGGGAGCCGGGGACCUGCCGCAGCUGGCGGAAAAUCUGCUGUGUCGGCUGCAGGAUAAUUUCCAGGCCCUGACGGAAAAGUUAACGCUGAGAAUGGAAGAAAUGGGCGAGCGCAUCAAUGACCUUGAGAAGCGCGUUGCUGACCUGAUGACAGAGGCUGGGAUAGAAGAGAACACUGAUGAAGACUUGAGAGUAAAGAAACUUAAUUAAGUUUUUCUGUAUUUUAUAUUUUUCCACAUAGUAUUGAAUGAUGGGCAAGAAUUAGCAUGAAAAUAAUGUUUACAUAUUUAUCAUACCUGCAUUUGUGUAAAUUUGAAAGUGUAGUUUUUAAAAAUGUAUUUAAUAAUCAUCCUGGAUUUCUUUAUGCCAAGAGCCAAAGAAUGCUACUAGUUUUACAAAAGAAAAACUGCAUCUUGCUGUGUCCGUUUCAGCUGAGUAGAGGGGGGCACUGCAAACUAAUCCCAAGGAUGUAAAUCGAGGCUGUACAUUUGUAAUGAAAUGUGUGUGCCCACCAUUCCUGUCCCUCAGGUAUGCUUACCUAGCUGACUGAGGAUUCUCACUGGUAUAAAUUUAUGUACAUCUGCUUUUGAAUCUCCUUCAGCUUCCCAGCAUGGCUCAGAGCACACCUCUUACAUGCACUCUUAGUAUUUAUGAGACAGCCUUGCUUCCGUGUUCUGUGGAUGCAGGUGAUGUUGUCUUCCUUGUUGUUGCACUUUCCUGAUUCAAAUUGAGACACACCAAUUAUUCUUCCAAUUGAGACUGCUUACCCAGUGAAAGACAGAAACAUCUGUAAAAUAUUCUGAAGUAAUUUCGGCCCCUACUCAUUGUGAUGCCUUUUUCGUGAUAAGCUAUGAAAUAAUUUUCAGAAACACAGAAAGACAAUCUACAGAGUUGUAUUUUACUGUACAGAGAUCUCCCUAUUUUCACACUGAUCACAUUCAUGAAUAAUUAAAAAAACUACUUACUGUUUCUUUGCAGCAUUGAAAGGAGGAUGUGUUCAAGCAACACAAAGGCAGAACGGCACUGCAUUGACUCCAGGAGUUUACAGUCAGUGUCGCAUUGACAAAAAAUGUCAUAGGAAAACAAUCAUGUUUGCAUCAUGUCAUGAUAGAAUCUCAAAAUUUUUUUUUUAAACUAUUUCCCCAG